AUGGUCGCCGAUUCCCUUGUCUACCACCCCUCGGUGGCCCAUUAUCUUAAAUUCGUUGCUACCACUGUAGGCCGCGAUAAGCUGCUCCGAACUUUCCAAUACUUUUCUCGAUUCUACGCCUGGUACCUUUUCCGCACGAAUGGCACCCCGGCAGAGAUUGCUCCUUUCGAGGCCAUUAAGAAACAAUUCGGUCUUGCUCGCAAAUUGAUGCGUGUGGGCAAGAACGUUGAGCACUUCAAAGCCGCUGCAAUUGCGGCAGAUUCCAAGAACUUGGAUCCGGUUGUGAAAUACUGCGCUGUUGGUAGACAGCUUGGAUAUGCUGGAUACCUCACAUUCGAUGCUGUUACAUAUUUGGAUGCCGCUGGGAUCCGGAAGAGCCCUGCGACACAGCGAUUGCAAAGAGAGGCUUAUAGGUGCUGGAUGAUCGGAUUGCUCUUCAGUGCUGUCUCGGGCACAUAUUCGCUAUACCAAUUAAGACUUCAGCAGUCUAGAAUUGAUAAGAAAGAUGGCGAGGGUGCAGUUGCUACCAAGAGAAUUGAGAAGGAACGCUCCGCCAUUAACCUCCAGCUCCUCUCAGAUCUUUGCGAUCUCACCGUACCUACAUCAGCCAUUGGAUUGACGAACUUUGAUGAUGGAUUUGUUGGUUUGGCGGGCACAGUGAGCAGUUUGAUAGGCGUUUACACUGUGUGGAAGAAGACUGCUUAA